UGCAGCUGAGUGGUUUGCAUCUGCCGCCGGCCAGCACAACUCUCCCAGCGCAGGGCCGGGCAUGGCGUGGACCCCCGGUUCCGGCUCUGUCUGCCCGGGGCCCCAGGCCGCCUUGCUGCUCGGCCUGGCCUUUGCCAACCUCCUCUGGGCUGGCUCGGCAGCUCCAAGCAGAAGCAGCAACUACACCUUGAGCAUCCAUCCAGGCCCCAAGACCCUGGAGCAGUGUCCCGAUCUUGACUUCUGCCCACAAGCUGCCCGCUGCUGCCAGAGCAGUGUGGAUGAGUAUGGCUGGAUCUGGGCUGCGGUGGGCUGGAGCCUGUGGUUCCUCACCCUCAUCCUUCUGUGUGUGGACAAGCUGAGGAAGCUCACCCCUGAGGAGUCCAAGGACCUGCCAGCCUGAACCUCAGCCUCUGGAGAUGGCAGCGGACACUCCACCUGCAGUGGGGGGCCCAGGAAUGUCCACGGGUGCCAAUCUGAAGAGGGGGAGGGGAGAGGGAGGCCUGUGUGGAUGGGGACCCAGAGUCCUUCUCUCCUCUUAGCAUCGACCACUUACUUUUGAGCGGAGCUGGAAUGGAACCCAGAGCCUUAUUUGUGCCCUGAAUGGGUUUCACUGAACCCCUUUCUUUGCACCCUCCCCAUCUCAUUACUUUGAUUUGACAACUGGGGUUCCCACACAUUCCUGAUUUCACCACUCCUAUGGAGUUUUCUUCUUUCUUCUUCUAUUUUAUUUGAUUGGACCGAGAGAAAUUGAGAGGGGAGGGGGAAAUAGAGAGUAAGAGAGAGAUAGUUGCAGCACUGCUUCACUGCUCAUCAAGUUUUUAUCCUGCAGGUGGGUACUGGGGGCUUGAACUUAGCUCCUUGCAUGUGGUACU